AGCAUCAAACUCCAAAUAUAUAAUCCGAUAACACCAUAUAUAUGCAAUUAACAGAUUCGUAUUUAAUUAUUUAUGCUUCAUCCUUCACUUCAACUUUUGAGCAACAAUGGCACAAAUCAUCACCCUUGACUUUCAAAACAUUUCCAUCUUUAUCUUCCUAUGUCUUUUCUCACUCCUUUGUUACGCUCUCUUCUUCAAGAAACCAAAAGGCUUUCACCUGCCACCGAGCCCUCCUUCCCUACCAAUCAUCGGUCAUCUUCACCAUCUUCUCUCAUUUCUACCACACAAGUCCUUUCAGAAACUCUCGUUCAAGUAUGGACCUCUUCUCCAUCUCCGUGUCUUCAACUUCCCUAUAGUCCAUGUCUCAUCUGCCUCAAUGGCCUACGAGAUCUUCAGGACGCACGACGUGAACGUCUCGUAUCGCUUUGUCCCAGUCAACAAAGACUCACUAGUGUUUGGAUCUUCGGGAUUCGUCACCGCUCCUUUUGGAGAUUACUGGAAGUUCAUGAAGAAGCUCAUAUCCACGAAACUUCUCCGACCACAUGCGAUCGAGCUGUCCAGAGGUAUCCGUGCAGAGGAGCUACGACGGUUUCUUGAGAGGAUCCUAGUGGAACACGAGGAGAAACUUGAGGGGACUCAAGAUAGGGACAUGAUGGAUUAUUUGUUGGAAGCUUAUAGAAACGAAGAAGCAGAGUAUAAGAUCACUAGAAAACAGAUCAAGUCUCUAAUUGUGGAAAUUUUCCUUGGAGGCACUGACAGCUCGGCGCAGACGAUACAAUGGACGAUGGCGGAGAUACUUAACAACCCCAACGUUUUCGAGAAAUUGAGAGAAGAAAUCGAUUCCGUUGUGGGGGAGAAAAGGUUGAUUCAAGAAUCAGAUCUUCCAAACCUCCCUUAUUUGCAAGCUGUCGUUAAAGAAGGGCUAAGAUUGCAUCCGUCAGCUCCUCUCUUGUUAAGGGUAUUCGGAGAAAGUUGUGAGAUCAAAGAGUUCUACAUACCGGAGAAAACAACACUUGUUGUUAAUCUCUAUGCUGUGAAUAGAGAUCCUGAUUCUUGGGAAGAUCCUGAUUUGUUUAAGCCAGAGAGGUUUUUAGCUUCUUCGGGAUCAGGAGAAGAAGAAAAGAUAAGAGAGCAAGCCUUGAAGUACGUUACUUUUGGAGGUGGAAGGAGGACAUGUCCUGCGGUAAAACUAGCUCAUAUUUUUAUGGAAACUGCGAUUGGAGCGAUGGUGCAGUGUUUUGACUGGAGAAUUAAAGGAGAUCAAGUAUACAUGGAAGAGGCUGUUUCAGGACUGAGUUUGAAAAUGGCUCAUCCGCUUGAGUGCACUCCUGUUGUUCGAUUCGACCCUUUCAGCUUUUGAUUUACAUAAUCCAAGCUAAGGUUCGUGACUUUUUACGUACAAAGACGUUCAACUGUAGUUUUGCUUGUUGUAUUCCAAAGUCAAGUAUGUAAGAAUAUGUUACAUUUUUUAUGUGAGUUAUUUCUUGGGCGAA